GCGCCCGUGAACUUGGCAAAAACAGGCUUCCAGAAGUGGAAAGACAUGUUAGCCUCUGUGCUUGUCAGUCCAGUCCUGGGAGGGCUCCAGAGAGCAAUGAAAGCCCCGAUAGGCUGGGUGCCUAAGGUGAAGAGGGGAACAAAGUGACCUGCCUGUGCCUUCACCCGGGCAACACGGAGGGGCCCCAGCCACCGUUUCCGUAUUUGAGUGGCCUAAUCAGAAUAAGAGCAGAGGCAAUCAGCGGAGAAGAUGACAGUCACGUACUCCAGUAAAGUUGCCAAUGCCACCUUCUUUGGGUUCCACAGGCUACUUCUCAAGUGGAAAGGAAGCAUCUACAAACUGCUUUACAGAGAAUUUAUUCUCUUUGCUACCCUCUACACAGCGAUAAGUGUAUUAUAUAGAUUUUUCCUUACAGGAAGCCAAAAACGAUACUUUGAAAAACUAUCAAUUUACUGUGACGAAUAUGCAGAACAAAUCCCAGUCACUUUUGUGCUCGGGUUCUAUGUUACUUUGGUGGUGAACCGUUGGUGGAACCAAUUUGUCAAUCUGCCAUGGCCCGACAGAAUUAUGUUCUUGAUCUCCAGUACUGUCCAGGGAAGAGAUGAAUAUGGCCGCUUACUCAGGAGAACUCUCAUGCGUUACGUGAAUUUAACAUCCCUCCUCAUCUUUCGUUCAGUGAGCACAGCUGUCUAUAAAAGAUUCCCAACCAUGGACCAUCUGGUAGAAGGAGGUUUUAUGACACCCGAGGAAAGGAGAAAAUUUGAUGAUCUUAAGUCUCCCCAUCUUAAAUACUGGGUCCCCUUUGUCUGGUUUGGAAAUUUGGCAGCAAAAGCACGACAAGAUGGAAGGAUCAGAGACAGUGUAGACUUGCAGACACUGAUGAAUGAGAUGAAUCGGUAUCGAUCGUGGUGCAGCCUACUCUUUGGUUACGACUGGGUUGGAAUUCCACUAGUGUACACACAGGUUGUCACACUCGCUGUCUAUACCUUCUUCUUCACAUGUCUGAUAGGACGUCAGUUUUUGGACCCUGACCAAGGCUAUCAAGGUCAUGAUUUAGAUCUUUACAUUCCUAUCUUCACAUUAUUACAGUUUUUCUUCUAUGCAGGAUGGCUAAAGGUUGCAGAGCAGCUUAUUAACCCAUUUGGUGAAGAUGAUGACGAUUUUGAAACAAAUUGGUGCAUCGAUAGGAAUCUGCAGGUUUCACUUCUGGCUGUUGAUGAAAUGCACAUGAAUUUACCAAGAAUGAAAAAAGAUAUUUACUGGGAUGAUUCUUCAGCCCGCCCACCAUAUACGUUAGCUGCCGCAGACUCCUGCAUUCCAUCUUUCCUCGGAUCAACAAUUGAAAUGGGCCUGGCAGAUAGCCAGUUCUUUCAUGGAGAAAAUUGGCUCCGGGAUGAGGAUAAACCCAGAAGGCAGCAUUCGAUGCUGAGAAAAGUGAAGCGAUUUCUGAGUGUCCGUGAAGUUUCCCCCUCCCCGAGCAGGAGGAGUUACCAAAGGCAGGCGAGUGAAAACUCUGUCUUUUUCCCAUCCCAUGAAAUGCAUCGCAUUGGCAAUUUGCUAGAAAUGCACUCCAGGGGGAGACAUUUCACCUCAAAUGGCAGAAAGAACUACGAAGGUCGAGAGAAGAGCUUGAAGACACAUGGGAGCAUUGAUCUAGGAGUCAUUAGAGAAACCAGCAAGAAUGAUGCUCUUGAGACAGAUGGCCUGUCCAACGUGGCUGAGAGUGUACCCAAAAUGGAGUACUUGGCCCCUGAACAGAUAGUCAUCGAAACAGACGUCAAAGAUUCAAAAGCAAACUGCGCUACUCAUGUCCUGACCGACAAAGAUUCUGGCAGUCAAAGUGAGUCAGAGACUGACUCCGAGGGACUUGUAAUGACCUACUGCAUGUCCCAAAACAUUGCCGCACAUUCACUGGUACCUCCUUCAGAAACAGCACCACUUCAUAUGGAAUCCAGGCAACAGGACUCAUCUGUAGGUGUACAAGAGGGAAAAGAACCGCACUCCCCUCGUGAUACAACAUCUGGUGACACCAGAGAUCAUCAAAUCUGGAAAUUCCCAGAUGUUCUUGCUCAACCUGGGGUGCCCAGCACAAAAACAGCACCUCUUUUAACAGAAUCUGGAACAUCUUCUGGAAAAAACAAUGAAAGCACGGAAAGCACACCUACUUCUAGUCCUGCUGCUGUAAAUACAUUUGAUAUAUCCUGCCUACUAGCACAAUUCGAUACUAAAGAAACUGAUAUCCUUCAUAUAGCUGAGUUUGGCAAUGACAAAAUAAAGGACAGCUGAUAAAACAGAGCGCACCAACCUGAUUUGCUACUCACUCGUGGCAUGCAGCACAUUUAUCCUUAACAGCUCACCUCAGGACAAGCAGGCUGCACAGUGACCUACCUGCUUCAUGCUUUAAUGCCUUUCUUUUGGAUAAAACAAUU